AUGCAAUUUCUGGUUAAGGGGUGGGGAGGGCGCGUUUCUAGCCCUACGAAUGGUGCUAAGCACUUGUUGCAAAUCCAGUUGGCGACAGGUCUCGAAGGGAUGUUUUGUGUUUUUUGGCAGAUUUCGCGAGUCCUCCAUCUUAAGUGUGUAGACAUUUGCCUGAAUGCUAAGCCUUCUGCUCCUGUUCUCGAUGCAGCUGAGUCCAUAUGUGCAGCUCUACUGGUAGACAUCAUCGGAAUGGGCGGCAGCAUACAGGCUAUUGUCAGCAGGGCUGAUGGGAAUACUUGCUUUCCUGGGCAUUUCGGCCAGUCUUACCUAAGAACUAGCGAUUGCAACGAUGCUCCUUCAAGUCGACUCUACUCCAUCCGGGCAAAUUUUAGGCCAUUUUGCACGAUCCAUUCUUGA